AUGGAUCUCGCAUCUCAGCUCCGCGGCUGUCUUUCGCUUGCCGUUCCGAAGAAAGGUCGUCUUCAUGAACAAUGCCUCUCGCUACUCAAAGGGGCGGACCUAGUCUUCCGCCGAAAAAAUCGUCUUGACAUUGCUAUGGUUCAGAAGUUGCCUGUAGUCAUUGUCUUUUUACCAGCCGCUGAUAUCGCAAAGUUUGUCGGUGAUGGUAACGUAGACAUGGGUAUGACUGGCGAGGAUAUGAUAGCUGAAGCGGGGGUAGACGGAAAAGUAAUUAGGAUAGCUGAGCUUGGUUUUGGGAAAUGUAAAUUACAAGUUCAAGUUCCUCAAGAUGAUGGCCCAAAGACGGUCGAAGAACUGGUAGGGGGAAGAAUCGUCACCAGUUUUAAAACUCUGGCAGAAAAGUAUUUCGCUGAGAUUGACAAGAGGGUCUUGACGGAAGAGGAACUAAAGGAAGGAAAAGGAACGAAAAUACAGUACGUUAGUGGAAGUGUGGAAGUGGCAUGCGCUCUUGGACUUGCUGACGGCGUUGUUGAUCUUGUCGAAUCCGGAGAGACGAUGCGGGCGGCUGGCUUACACGCAAUAAGCACAAUCUUAUCUACACAGGCUAUUCUUAUCGGAAAUAAACAUCCAUCCAAUCCAGAACUUGUUACUAAAAUUAGCUCUCGAAUAUUAGGUGUAGUAGCCUCUCAGAAAUACGUUUUAUUGAACUAUAAUAUAGAAAGAGUUCAUUUAAAACAAGCGACUCUGAUCACGCCUGGGAGACGAGCUCCUACAAUAAGUCCGCUUGAGGAGGGUGAUUGGGUGGAGGUACAGGCCAUGGUUCUUAAGGAUGAAGUGGCUCGUAAAAUGGACGAAUUACAAACUGUCGGUGCACAUGACAUCUUGGUAUUUAACAUUAGUAAUUGUCGCGUAUAG